AUGGAUCAACUGGACGAAGAUCUGCGCAUCAGAGUGCAGGAUACUCUUAUUGAAAAUCAUCUAUUGAGCCUUCGAAAUAAUGACGUCAUUGGCAAAGGUCAGUUUGGACGAGUUGUCCUCGGAGAACUCAGAAACACAAUUGAUGGAAAGGUGGAGCAAGUGGCCGUCAAAUCAUUGAAAAGUAGCAACGAUAUUGAAGAUGUCAAAAAGUUCCUAGAAGAAGGGAUAAUGAUGAAGGAUUUUAAUCACGUUAAUGUCUUAAGUUUGCUUGGUGUGUGUAUCGAUGACAACGACUGUGUCCUGAUUGUUCUCCCAUUUAUGGCACAUGGAGAUUUGAAAUCGUAUAUAGAGUGUCCGGAAAGAGAGGUUUCCGUGCGCCAACUUAUAACAUACGGACUGCACGUUGCGCGGGGAAUGGAGUACCUAGCUUCUCUAAAAUUCGUCCACCGAGAUUUAGCUGCCAGAAACUGUAUGGUCGACGAAUCUGAGACUGUGAAGGUAUCCGACUUUGGUCUGUCACGUGACAUAUACGAACGUGAAUAUUAUGCCAGCGAAGAUAAGAAAGCCAGACUGCCGAUCAGAUGGAUGCCUUUAGAAAGUAUUAAUAACAGUCGAUUCACUACUAAGUCUGAUGUGUGGUCCUAUGGAGUGUUGCUAUGGGAGCUCUUGACAAGAUGCGAACUGCCUUAUGCAAGUAUUGAUAAUUGGGAUAUCCCAAACUACCUGAAGAAUGGACGACGUUUGCAGCAGCCUAGUUACGCACCGGACGAAUUGUAUGACAUUAUGAUGAAGUGUUGGCAUGAAGAUCCUUUCAAUCGAUCCAGUUUUGAGUCCAUUGUUACUGAACUGCAGGGUCUUCUGAAGGAAGGUGAAGAUGCAAGAGAAGGUGACAAACACUACUACCUAUAUCCAGUGAAAAGUCCCCAUUAUUUGCAAGUCACAGCUUGA